GUUUGUUCUGAAAAAGGUAAAAUUUUGAAAACAUACAAAACUAAAAUGGCAAAGAGUUUUACUAUUUUUGAUAAUCUUAUAAUUUCAACUCAUUGGGAUUGUACUGUUAGAAUUUAAAGACUUACAGAUAAUUUGGAAUUGAUAGCAUAAGGUUCUUUACCAUCAUAUGGAGAAUGUAGUUGUAUCAAUAAAAAGAACACUAAUGAAUUUUGUGUUGGUACUUCUAAUGGAGAACUUAUUUUCUUUGAUCUUAAUACAGUAAAAUAAUAGGUAAUUGAAAUGAUAUAGAACUUUAAAGUUCAUUAAUAAUAAAUAACAUGUUGUUAAUGGAUUAGAAAUAGCACUAUAUUGACUGGAUCAUAUGAUCAUUCCAUUUGUAUUUUCAAUAAGAGAACAGAAACUAUUAAUAAAUAAUUAUUUGCUAAAGAUUCAGCUAUCAUUGGAUUAUGUUAUUUAGAAAAUAAUUAAUAAAUUGUAUCUAUUCAUGAGGAUGGUUAUUUAAAAUUGUGGGAUAGUUUGAGUGAAUAAUUAAUAAAAAUAUAUAAGAGCUCAUUGUCUUAGUUGACUUGUAUUGCUGUUAAUGCUAACGGAUAAAUUAUAGUGGUAUUAUAUUUAUUAAUCAAAUUAUAGAGUUCUAUGGAUGGAAAUACAUACUUAUGGGAUUUAAGAGGAGAAGUACCAUUGUAUUAAUUAAAUGGAGAAGGUAAAGCAUUAGCUUGUACAUGGAUAGAUAAUAAAAUACUAUUUGGAGGAUCGACUAAUAAAUUAUAUGUGUAUAAUUGUUGA